CAGAAGUACAGAACUGUGGAAGGACUGAAGACACCUGCCUGGCAAGACUUACCAGAAAGAGACCAAAGCUCUCCAUCGCUCUGUCUACCGAUUCUCUUUGUUUGUCAUUCUCUCUCUAAUGGGAGUAACUUGCUCCAUCUCAUUCCCCUCCCUGGUGAUGGGAGCGCCCGGCAGGAUGUGAUGUCGUGGAAGAGGAACUACUUUGCGUCGGGCGGUGGCAGCGGAGAUGCUGGUGGAGGGCUACAGGGACUGAUCACGACCCCUCGGACUAUGGCCUCCUUCGCCCCGAGUAAAGGCCUUAGCAACGAACCUGGACAGAACAGCUGCUUCCUAAACAGUGCUCUGCAGGUCCUGUGGCAUCUGGAUAUCUUCCGUAGAAGUUUCCGCCAGCUGACCACCCACAAGUGUAUGGAAGACUCCUGUAUCUUCUGUGCCCUCAAGAGUAUAUUUGCCCAGUUCCAGUUCAGCAGUGAGCGUGUGUUACCGUCCGACAUGUUGCGGAGCGCACUAGCCAAGACCUUCCAGGACGAACAACGCUUCCAGCUGGGGAUCAUGGACGACGCAGCAGAAUGCUUUGAGAACCUGCUGAUGCGUAUCCAUUUCCACAUCAGCGCCGAGACCAGAGAGGACAUCUGUACGUCUAAACACUGUAUACCACACCAGAAGUUUGCCAUGACGCUGUUCGAACAGUGUGUGUGCAGUAGUUGUGGAGCCUCGUCGGACCCCCUUCCCUUCAUUCAGAUGGUUCACUACAUCUCUACCACGUCCCUCUGUAACCAGGCGGUGAGGAUGUUAGAGUGUAGAGAGAAGCCCACCCCCAACAUGUUUGGAGAGCUGCUCCGCAACGCCAGCAACAUGGGGGACCUACGCAACUGCCCGAGUAACUGUGGGGAGGUGUUGCGUAUCCGCCGUGUGUUGAUGAACUCUCCAGAGAUAGUGUCCAUCGGCCUGGUCUGGGACUCAGACCACUCUGACCUGGCUGAGGAUGUCAUUCACAGCCUGGGCACCUGUCUACACCUGGGGGAUUUGUUCUACCGUGUGACAGAGGAGAGAGCUCGUCAGGCUGAGCUGUACCUGGUUGGUAUGGUGUGUUACUAUGGCAAACACUACUCCACAUUCUUCUUCCAGACUAAGAUACGUAGGUGGAUGUACUUCGACGACGCUCAUGUCAAAGAGAUCGGUCCUAAGUGGAAGGACGUGGUGGCACGCUGUAUAAAAGGUCACUACCAGCCUCUAUUGCUGCUCUAUGCUGACCCCCGGGGGACGCCGGUGGUAUCGCAGGACAUCUCCUCCCUGUCUAACCCCCAGCUGGACCUGCUGCACUGCAACAAGGCAGGAUAUGAGAGCGAGGACUCUGGACGGGAGCCCUCCAUAUGCAGUGAUACCCGUACAGAUUCCUCUGACAGCUCCAGCCACCGAGACUCUCGAAGUCGCCCUCUCCGCCAGUCAACAGGCAGCCACCUGUCCAACAAAACGCAGACCAUCGUUGUCGUGCUGGGCUAUAACCAAAGCCUGCACACAUUCUAUAGUCCCCUAGGAUCAGAGUCUGAGAACCAGUGGGCGUCCCCCUAUCCCGUCUCCUCCUCCUGCUCUUCCUCCCGUCCCAUGUCCUCUUCCUCCUCCUCGGGGAUAGGGGGGUCUGUACUGGGAUCUGAGGCAGGGGCCGUGGGGCCACACUGGGAGGAUGAGAGCACCAGCAGUGAGUCCAAGUCUAGUUCCCCUGGGGGUCCAAGUUACCGGCCGGCCUGGAGGCCACGGAGGGAAGCCCUGAACAUCGACAGCACCUUCACCUGCCAGAGAGGCUCACCGCUGGGCUACAGCACCCUGCCUGGGCCCCCUCUACCCUCUGAGUUUCAACAGGGGGCAAGAGAGAGGGCCGUGGGUGUAGGUGGUCUGGGGGGAGAUACGGAGGGGGUGGCAGGGAUGCCUGGGUUGCCAGGCAACGGCGCGGACUGCCCCCCUCCUCCCCCGUUGAGAGGGGCGGAGUCUCAGCCUCGUUUGAUCCAGAGGAUGGAAAGUGGUUAUGAGAGCAGCCCUGACAGGGUGGUAGGUCAGAAGCGUGUGUUGAUGUCUGGUCCAUCGUGGCGCACGGUGCCCAAGUCUAAGAGCACCAGUGCCAUCCUGCAGGAGCUGCCAGCACCUCACUGGGGCUGCAACAACAGCCUGGGCGCUGGCCGUAGCGAGCUGGAUGAGCUUCAGGAGGAGGUGGUGAGGAGAGCGAGGCAGCAGGAGCAGCAGAGGAGGAAGGAGUCGGAGAGAGAAGCUGCCGUGGGAUUCAACCCCAGACCCACCAAAUACAUGGACUUAGACCAGCUACAACACCAAGGUGACGACGGGGAGGUGAACAGUCUGGCCCGCUCCAAGUACUGCUGA